AUGGCGGACCCCAGUGGCGCAGCACCCGGUCCCGGUCCAAACGACAUUUCUACAGCGAUUUUGAGGCCCAAGAAAUCUCCUAACCGUCUUAUUGUCGAUGAGGCGACAUCCGAUGACAACUCUGUCGCGACUCUCAAUCCCGCGACGAUGGAGACCCUCCAGCUCUUCCGCGGAGACACUAUCAUCGUUCGGGGCAAGAAGCGGCACGACACGGUUCUCAUUUGCCUGAGCUCCGACGACGUUGAGGAAGGCAAGAUCCAGAUGAACAAGGUCGCCCGCAACAACUUGCGUGUCAAGCUUGGCGACAUGGUCAACGUUCACCCAUGCUUGGAUAUCAAGUACGGCAAGCGGGUGCACAUUCUGCCGUUCGACGACUCGGUCGAGGGUCUCAGUGGUAACAUUUUCGAGGUUUACCUCAAACCAUAUUUCUUGGAGGCGUAUCGUCCUGUUCGCAAAGGCGACACUUUCCUCGUCCGUGGUGGAAUGCGAACGGUCGAAUUCAAGGUCAUCGAGACCGAUCCCGCGGAAUAUUGUAUCGUUGCACAAGAUACAGUCAUUCACACGGAGGGCGACCCCGUCAAGCGCGAAGACGAGGAAGCGAGUCUGAGCGAAGUCGGCUACGACGACAUUGGUGGUUGCCGCAAGCAGAUGGCCCAGAUUCGCGAGCUAGUCGAGCUGCCCCUGCGGCAUCCACAGCUGUUCAAGUCGAUCGGUAUCAAGCCCCCGCGUGGUAUCCUCAUGUACGGCCCACCCGGAACGGGUAAGACGCUCAUGGCGCGUGCAGUCGCGAACGAGACCGGCGCAUUCUUCUUCUUGAUCAACGGCCCAGAAAUCAUGAGUAAGAUGGCGGGUGAGUCUGAGAGCAACCUCCGGAAGGCAUUUGAGGAGGCGGAGAAGAAUUCGCCCGCUAUAAUAUUCAUUGAUGAGAUCGAUUCAAUUGCUCCCAAACGUGAAAAGACGAACGGAGAAGUCGAGCGCCGAGUAGUCUCGCAACUCCUCACACUCAUGGACGGUCUCAAGGCACGCUCGAACGUCGUCGUCAUGGCUGCUACGAACCGACCCAACUCGAUCGACCCUGCUCUCCGUCGGUUCGGUCGGUUCGAUCGUGAAAUUGAUAUUGGUAUCCCCGACCCAACUGGCCGCCUCGAGAUUCUGCGCAUCCACACGAAGAACAUGAAACUCGCGGACGAUGUCGACCUCGAGCAGAUCGCUGCGGAUACUCACGGUUACGUCGGCUCCGAUGUCGCGUCGCUCUGCUCGGAGGCAGCGAUGCAGCAGAUCCGCGAGAAGAUGGACCUGAUUGACCUCGAUGAGGACACGAUUGACGCGGAGGUGCUCGAUUCGCUCGGCGUUACGAUGGAAAACUUCCGGUUCGCGCUCGGCACGUCAAAUCCAUCUGCUCUGCGCGAGACUGUCGUGGAGGUCCCGACCGUCAAGUGGGACGAUAUUGGUGGUCUCGAAAAGGUCAAACAGGAGUUGCAGGAGACUGUACAGUACCCAGUUGAGCACCCCGACAAGUUCCUCAAGUAUGGUAUGUCGCCGUCGAAGGGUGUCUUGUUCUAUGGCCCUCCAGGUACUGGUAAGACCCUCCUCGCAAAGGCCAUCGCCAACGAGACGCAGGCGAACUUCAUUAGUAUCAAGGGUCCUGAGUUGCUCACGAUGUGGUUCGGUGAGUCCGAGGCGAAUGUCCGUGACGUUUUCGACAAGGCCCGUGCGGCCGCGCCAUGUGUCAUGUUCUUCGAUGAAUUGGACUCCAUCGCGAAGGCACGCGGCGGCUCCUCGGGCGACGCCGGCGGUGCGGGCGACCGCGUGCUCAACCAGAUCUUAACGGAAAUGGAUGGUAUGAAUGUCAAGAAGAACGUCUUCAUCAUUGGUGCGACAAACAGGCCGGACCAGAUCGACCCGGCGCUUCUCCGACCUGGACGUCUCGACCAGCUCAUCUACAUUCCACUGCCCGACGAGCCAUCGCGUUUGUCGAUCCUCAGGGCGACUUUACGCAAGUCUCCGGUCGCGCCUGAUGUGGAUCUUGUGUUCCUCUCGAAGAAUACGCACGGCUUCUCCGGUGCUGACCUGACGGAAAUCUGCCAGCGUGCGGCGAAGCUGGCGAUCCGGGAAAGCAUUGAGGCGGAUAUCAGGCGGGCAAGAGAGAAGAAGGAGAAGGCGGAGGCGGCUGGCGAGGACGCGACAAUGGAGGAAGAAGAGGAGGAGGAUCCUGUGCCAGUGAUCACGCGGGAGCAUUUUGAGGAGGCGAUGAAGUUUGCGCGCCGCUCAGUCUCGGACGCGGACAUCCGACGAUACGAGAUGUUCUCCCAGAACUUGCAGCAGUCGCGCUCGUUUGGGUCGUCGUUCAAGUUCCCAGAGAGCUCUGGUACGCCGGCGACUGGUGCGGCGCCUGCUGCAACGGGCAAUGCUGGGUUUGGCGAGGACACGCAAGAUGAUGACCUGUACGCAUGA